UUUCGGCUCGAUUCGCGAUAUCGAAGUGUCAAAUAGAUUGCGAGAUUUACCGGAGUGAAAUUAUAAUAUUUUGAUUAAUAAAUGGUGUAAUUGAAAAAGUAUAUUUUGAUGUAGAGGAUAGAAUUUUUUAAAUAAAUUUAAAUGAUGAUAUAAGUGCGAAUAUAACCGUUAUAAUGGUGUAAAAUAAUUAUUCCGAUUGCCUCAUGCUACUGUAAAAAACCGGAGCUUUAAUUUCUUGAUAUAAAAUGGACGAGGAGAUCAAAAUAUGCGAAAACUGCAACCGGGAGAUUCCCGCGGUGAACUACACCAUACAUUCGGUGCACUGCGCUCGGAACAUCCGCAUGUGCCCGGUCUGCAAGGAGCCCGUGCCACUCACGGAGCUGGAGGAACAUACGGAGAAGCUGCAUAAAUUGCUGCCUUGUAAGCAAUGCGGGGAGAAGGUACGCGGGACCGAUAUGGAGGACCACAUUCGUGACUCCUGUGACCGCACCAUACAGUCUUGCAGGUGGUGUGAGCUGGAGUUGUCUCGUCGUGAGCUGCCUCUGCAUGAGGGUUAUUGCGGAACUCGCACUGAAGAGUGCGAGCAGUGCGGAGAGUUUGUCAUGCAUAAGUACAGGCAGCUGCAUCUGGACUCGAACCACGGCUUCGUACGGCUUGACGAUGAUCCCGUCCCUCGUGCUCGUGUUAACCGACAGAGAAUGGAUGCAUCUACUAUAACUCCAAGUGUAUUUGCCAGUGGUUUCGGUAUGACGCCAUACCAGAGACCUGCAGAUCGUCUGCCUCGACUCCUAGACUUGCCCGAACAACCGCCAGCUGUGAACCCUGAGCUGGCAAGACUCUUCAAUUCCAUCACAGAAGCUCACAUCACAAAUGCUUACUACAAUAAUGCCCGUUUCAACCGCACCGUGAGCCCCCGAAGCCCUGACGCUUAUCCUAAUCUAGGACCAUAUAAUGAUGGUAGAAUCCUGAAUCAAUGGCAACAGAACAUAAGUUCAAAUUGGCCGAGGAAUAAUUUUGCUCAAGUUAAUGCACCGGGUGUUUCCGGUAUCAGGAAUAAUGAUUUUAAACCCCCACAACGCGGGGCGAUUAAAAAGCGUAAAGCACCAAACCCACCGAAUACACAGUCCCAGCCUGACCAGCCCCAGCCGCAGGCGGCGCCGGCUGCUAGACCAUACUCGUUGUUCUCCUUUACUUCCAAUUCCACACCUAACACUCCAAUCUCUAGCCCAAUGACUGGGCCAACGUCUAGUGUAACAUCUGGUCCGAUUCAAGGUCCAAAUCAUGGGCCAUUCCCUGGUCCUUACAAUCGACGCAACACACCACAAUCACCGGAUGACAACGCCCCGGGACGGGCUAAUACAAACGAUCGCGUUUCUGAAGCUACCUCAACUGAAGAACAGAAGGAAAGGCCCAUCAGAGCCAACCCAGUUAAUUUGCCAGCAAAAAAAUCUGAGAUUGAUAGAAUUCAAAAAGAGGAUAUGAACAAGCCAGAUGACUUUAAGGACGUAAAGCCGAUGACUUCUGAGGAAUUCAUGAAGAGAUUCAGACAACUGCAGCUGGAUAAAACUGAGGAGACAUCUCCCCCGGAAAGAUUCUCCAGAAGGGAGGAGAGUCCAAGGGAAAGAUUUUUCAAAAGGGAGGAUAGUUCUCCCCCUGAUAGAUUCUUCUCCCCCACUCCUGGGGAUAGAUUCAACGCGAUUAAAUCCUCAUUGAAAGAAUUACGAAGGGGAUUGAAUGAGGUCACAGCGCCGUAUAACAACAAUAAUAACGCAAACGAGCGUGGUAAUGCACCAUGUGACAAACCUGAUACUGAGUCCAGCAACUCUACUUCUGAUGGUGAUGAUGAGGUGGCUGGUGGGGUUCAGGCUGGUUGGGAAGAUGAGGCGAGGGGAGGAGAUGAGGCCGCAGGAGGGGAGGCAGCCUGUGCUCUGGAUAUCAUCGAUGUGAAGCUGCCCUGCGAGUUCUGCGGCGAGCUGAUACAGGCCAAUGAUCUGGUGCAGCAUCAGACUGGUUGCCGACCGGACUUGGCGCAGUUCCGCCCUGUGGUGACGCUGCAGGGGAUGUCGGAAGACCAUCAAAUACCCUACAUCCCCUGCGAGUUCUGCGCUCACCAUCUACCACUGAACCUUAUUGAUGAUCACCAGGAACGCUGCAGCCGUAUGAUGAAUCGUAUGAACUAAGCUCCUGUCUUUCUUUCAAACUGUCUUUGUAUUCAAAUUUUAUAUUUUUUCUAUACAAUAUUUUACAACGACCUAAUUCAUCUUCAUUCUAACAGCCGCACUCACGGACGUUUGGUGACUUCGCUUAGUGUCGAUUUUUACAUAAGAAAUUACGUAAAAAUCUACAUUAAGUAAGUAAGCCUUUGGGAUAGAUGUUUACGGUUAGCGGUCACUUCGCUAUCUUGGCGAAUUUAGGUGAUCGCAUACUUGUUUGCCAAAUUACUAUAAAAAAAACUUUGAUAACUAUUUAUUUCGUAUCAUUCAUGUGAUCAAGAACAAUAAUUUUGUCUAAACUUUCUACACUUUCUAUACUUGUUCAGGAUAUAAGUUUGUUAUACAGCGUGUCCCAAAAUCAAUGAUAAAUCGGUACUGAAUUAUAGCCAGAUCGAUAACUACAUGGGGAAAAUUACUGAAAAAAUCCAUCUCUUAGGAUAGGCAGGAAUAUGUUCAUAUUUGUAGGCACAGUAUCUAAUCAUAUGGUGUAGGGCAACAAAUGUUAAUGUCACUUUUAAAUAAAAAGAGCUUUUUGUAGUAUUUUUCCCAAUGUAGUUAUCGAUCUGGUUAUACACCAGUACCGUUUCAUCGUUGAAUUUUGAAACACGCUGUAUACAUAGUUAUUUAUUAUUUAUAUAAUAUAUAAUUCUAGCAUGUAAUGCGUAUAUACUUUGUAUAAGAAAGGUAAGUGAACGGAACUGCAGGGAUGAUAUAAAAAACGAAAACAAUCGUUUUAUGUCAGUCAAACGGAUUUGGAUUGGAUAUAGGAAUGGAUAUAAAACAGGAAUGGAUAGGAUAAGUCUCUCGCAUAUAUCUUAAAUGUUUAGUAUACUAGUAUUUUAAACUCUAUACACUUUCAAAUGUAUACAUGAACAUUGUAAACAUAUGUUAAAAUAAAAAAAA